AGAAACAGGAAGAACACACGGACAGCAUGGGUCUGCUAAUUUAAAGAAGCUCCCACAUUGUCAACUGUCAGUAUAUGUUAGCAAAUAUUACGCUAUCAGGCUCCCCUGAUUCAGCUAGCAGGUUAAAAUGUUCCGAUGAUGGAGGAGAUCUCAGUUUGUACAAUAAACUGCCAAUAAAUUAGAGUCUAAAAUGUAUUAUUCUGCAAAAAUGCUGCCAGUCUCAACUGUCUGUGGAGGAAUAUACAGAGCUGCGAUUCGGGCACUUCAGACGAGAAACAUCCCUCUGUACCGCUGUCUACCCUUUGGAGAUGGAGUUUUGGCUGGACUUGUGGAUGCUGACACCAUCUUCGCUUUGUCAUCAGGUCAUGGCAGAUGUGGGGUGUCUGUGGUACGCAUCAGUGGUCCUGCUGCAACUACAGCAUUAAGAUGUAUGGUUGGGCUCAGAAAUCACCUGCCUCCUCCACGAACUGCCCUGUUACGUAGCAUCACAGACCCCCACUCUAAAGAAGUACUGGACCGUGGACUGGUCCUCUGGUUUCCAGCUCCUCAUAGUUUCACUGGAGAAGACAGUGUGGAGUUCCACAUCCAUGGUGGUCCUGCUGUCAUUACUGCUGUUUUACAAGCUCUAGGAAGCGUGCCUGGCAUGAGGCCUGCUGAUGCUGGGGAGUUCACGCGGAGGGCUUUCCACGCAGGGAAGCUCGAUUUAACCGAGGUGGAAGGACUCGGGGAUCUGAUCCAUGCAGAGACUGAGGCUCAGCGGAGACAAGCUCUCAGACAGAUGUCGGGACAACUGGGACGCCUCUAUCAGGACUGGAGCCAAAGACUGAAACGGAGUUUAGCCCAUGUCGAAGCCUUUAUAGACUUCAGCGAGGAUGAGCUUAUCGAGGAAGGAGUCUUAGACCAAGUGGACAUCUCAGUGUGUGACCUGCAAGCAGAGAUCAAGCAGCAUUUAAAGGAUGAGAGGCGAGGUGAGAGACUUCGCAGCGGAGUCCAUGUGGUGAUCGCUGGUGCCACCAACGCAGGGAAAAGCAGCCUUCUCAACACACUCUGCCAGAGACCUGCAGCAAUUGUUUCUCCCAUUGCCGGGACCACCAGAGACGUAGUGGAGACAGCACUGGAUAUUGGGGGCUUCCCUGUCCUGCUGAGUGACACCGCAGGCCUCAGAGACAGCCCAGACGUGGUGGAGCAGGAGGGGGUUCGUCGGGCUCGAGAGAGGGUGCAGCAGGCUGAUCUGACCCUGGUGGUGGUCGACUCCACCAUCCUCCCCUCUGAGGUACAGCAAGCUGCAGCGCUCCUGCUGGAGCACCUGAGGGGUGUCCUGUCCUCCCAGGAGCAGCCUGAAACAGGCAGGUGUCUCCUGGUGCUAAAUAAGACUGAUCUGCUACCUGAAGCUCAAAGAGAGCAGCUGACUCUGGGGCUGAGAGAGGUCUGUGGACUCCCACCUGUGUGCCUGAUCUCCUGUCAAACCAAUGAAGGACUGAUGGACUUCCUCACUGUGCUGCAAAGCAGUGUCAAAGCAAUGUGUGGUGACCCUCUCACUGGGGCACCCACCCUGACCCAGGCCCGCCACAGGUCCCACCUGCAGCAGUGUGUGAUGGCCCUUGCUCAGUACCGGCGAUACCGUGACUCUGACCUCGCUUUGGCAGCUGAGGGCGUCCGGUUAGCGCUCACCGGACUGGGAAGGAUCACCGGACGAGUCGGAGCAGAGGAGAUCUUGGAUAUCAUUUUCAAAGACUUCUGCAUUGGAAAAUAAAGAAGCAAGAGUGAAUACAUGAAGCACAGGUAAUCAUGGUCGGCUCAGAGAGGAAGGCUGUUUUCCCACAGAACCUGUUAAGUAAUUGGAACGGCCCGGGAAAAAUGCCAAAUAGUUGCCUCUGUGUUCUUGGCUACAGACUACCUCCGUUCCCAGGGCAAAAAUAUUUUUCUGUUGGCAUUUUUUUUAAUCCAGUUGAAAGAGUUUUAGGAUGAUCACAAUGCCUCGGGGGUCCAGCAUACUGAACAAGUGUUUGGCGCAGACUCAGUCAUCUAAAAUACUUUUCCAAGGCUAAACAUUGUCCGCUGGGGCUGCAACACAACAGCUCUCCAAGGUCGGCUGAGUGUGUGGAUGUUUACUUUUAUCAUUGAAACUGAUGUUUUUGUUGUUUUCUUGUUUUUACAGAAUUUCCUAAAUGUUUUGUAGCUUGUCUUAUGCUUGACAACUACAGAGGAGUCUCCAUGUUUGAAACAAAUACAGUGAUAAGAAAAUGUGUUUUCCUCCUUUCAGAUUUCUUGUUUUUACUUGUUUUUCACACUUAAAAGUUUCAGAUUAUCAAAUAACUUUUAAUAUCAGGUGUACGCAUACGCGGCCGUAAAAUUAGAGCUUUGUGCGGACAUCCGCUUGGAGUCCACUUCGAGGACGCGUGGACAUCCAUGGAGUCAAGUACGCCCAUGGCAGCCUUUAGGCUGCUCGACUCCAAGAAAGCAAAGUAUUGCUAUACAAUUUCUGAAAAUUUCAACAACUAUCUCGGCAUUUUCCUUUUUUUCAUUGUUUUUUUUUAUCACAAUGUCCCUGCCACUCUUUUAAAGCUUUAACAUCUUUACCUUAAAAAAUGUACACAAAGUGUGGGCAUAGAGGUCAUACAAAAUCUAUCUAACAGGCAAAAUAUACUACCGGCAUGCAUAAUUUGCAUGCAUGGCUCUUAUAUCCUACCAAAUGUUGCAUCCAAGCUGUCAUUUGUGAUUGCAAUAUUGCACACACUGACAUUGUGAUUUCCAUUUAAUAUAUAUGGCUGCUCUUGUGCAAAUAUUUGCUUUUGUCAAGUAAUUUUAUCUCUUGGAUCAUGCAGUUCAAGUAUUUUCCUUGUUAAAAAGAUCAAAUGCAAAUCUAAGUGUUUUACCUUGGUAGGUACAUGAUCUUCCUAAAAGGGUUGUAAGAUUUGAUUAAAUCAUUAAAACUCGUUACAUCUUUUUUUAUAUUUAUUUUACUGUACUCCAAUUUUACUGCUAUUCUGGGUCAUGGACAAUAAGGCAAUAUUCAGAGAGACCUUCUCUCUUGAGUGGGAAAAGGGCGGUUUUGGAAGUAAUGAUCUCUGCACCCUUUGUUCGCCUGUCAAUCUGGCCUUGAUCAAAUAUUUAUGUUUCCUUGUUGAACUCCUCACCCUUCUUCCCCCACUGGGUUUUUCUCUCCCAGUCUCUGACGACAUUCAGCCCAUUGCAGCCUGGCGUAACUGUUGUCUCUGCGUUUGUUUGACUCAGUCUGAGCUAGAUGACCCUUCCUCUUUCCGCUUUGCUCUGUCAACUCUCUGCUUCUCUUUCAUGGUUUCCCUGAUUAAUUACGAUGCUCAGGGAGUUUGAGCUAAAAGUGGGAUUUGCUGUCAUACUGAUUUGUGGUUAGAAAUUUUGGAGCUUUGUCCUAAAAUACUAAAGCCAGGUUAAAUACCUCCCUUGGAUAGCAAUGUUUAUCGUAACUGUAGAAAUCGGAUUCUUAUACAACCUUCUUAGUGAUCCGAGAAGUUUGCUUCUUUAUUGCAACCUUCCUUUAGGAAAUAUGCAUUUAGAUUUCCUGUCAGAUUUAGCUCUGGACUGUGGUUUGGCCAUUCUUAAACUUAAAUUUUUUUCUGAGAAAGACAUUGUUUUGUUCAUUUGGGUGUAUGCUUCUACCUAAAGUGAUGCAAAAAAUUUUAUCUCUCUGUCUUGCAGACAAAUAAAAUAUUUUUUUCCAAACUGA